AUGACACAAAGGAGGUGCCAGUCUAUUCACGAAAAUCAGAAAGAAAACGAGUCAUGGAAGAAGAAGUGGGAAACCUUGCAAGAGUAUUGCAAACGCCGCCAACAGGAGUAUUUAUGCCUGCAGCAGCAGAACGAGACUCUCCUUCGGAAGUUGAAUUUCCAGGAAGGUCGUGAAAUGAGUCUUCGGAGAAGCUAUGAUGCACAGACGGAGGAAUUGAAAAACUCCAGGAAGGCCCAGCUUUUUACCGAAGAGAAAUAUCGCCGUCAAGCGGAAAUGCUUGAUGAAUCUCGUGUCGCACUCGAUACUGCAUCGCAGGCGAACACAUCACUUGCUAUCAAGCAACUCGAACUUCAAAAGUGGAUUCCCUGUUUAGACGAUGAUGAGAUAAGACAGGCCUUGGGUAAGCUUUACCAGGGCCUGGAGAGAUGGGUGAACAGCAAUUUCCCUAACCUUAUUCCGGGUCGCAAGGCCAGGGACGUCGAUUUCCACAACAACAUGAUACAACCAAGGAGUUGCUUCGAUACUUGGUUGGAGAUCCAUGGCGUUGUCUCACAUGAUAUCUUUAACAACCUUCUGUGUCGCACUCUGGUCGCCAUCGAAGAUUCGUGGUUCAGCCAAAACAUUGGUGUGGUCGACGAGCGGAUACGAGAAAUUUGUCCUGCGCAUGUUUCACACCAGUGGCGCUCUGCAACCAGUACAGCAAUCUCGUCGCUCUUUCGCGAAAAUCUGGAAGCAAACUGCAAGCAGUAUGCUGCGAUUGCGAAUGAAAAACACGCUCAGUAUUCUCCUACGGAAGCUGCGAAACGAAUCUCACAGCUGGAAAUACUGAUGAUGAAGUUUGCGGAUCUGAAAGCCAAGCUGGAAUGCCAGGCUGAUCGCUUCUACUUUGAGUGGUUUCCAGCGGGUACCCCGUUCUGUGAAGUGCGAAUGGCUUCUUUUACUGGAGAACGCUCCAGGGAUGCACUCGUAGGGAGCUGUCUUGCACCGGCCUUGUUCAAGGUCCCAUCGGAGGGGGGUCAUGUAUUGAUCCGGCAGGCCACUGUGCUGGUUCGUGCUCCCCCGGAAUUCGAUGGCAGCAAAGAGGACGGGGAUGGAUUGGGAUACGAUGGCCACAACGAGGGCGGGGAUGAGGUGGAAUUCGAUGAUAUCAAAGAGGGCGGGGGUGGGUUUGAAUUCAAGAGCAGCCACGAGGAUGAGGAUGAGUCGGAAUUCGAUGCCCACAAAGAGGGCGGUGAUGAGUUUGAAUUCAAUAGCAGCCACGAGGGUGAGGGUGAGUCGGAAUUCGAUGUCCACAACGAGGGCGGGGAGGAGAUGGAAUUCGAUGAUAUCAAAGAGGACGGGGAUGAGGAUGAGUCGGAAUUCGAUGGCCACAACGAGGGCGUGGAUGAGAUGGAAUUCGAUGAUAUCAAAGAGGGUGGGGAUGAGUUUGAAUUCAAUAGCAACGACGAGGAUGAGGAUGAGGAUGAGCCGGAGUUUUGA